CCGCCUGGGAAUCCUUGAAAUACGAAACCUCUCUACACGCUGUUCCACUGUCGCCACCACAGCCAGACGUGACUCUCUUCAAAAACCAAGAACUCUGACUUCAUUAGUUCUUGUCAUCAAACCAAAUAGUAGAAGAACUAUUUCAAUUUAUUUGGACAUCAACAUUGAAACAUACAGUACACGGUAGAAUAACAGAUAAGUCACCAUGAAAAAGGAGAAGUUUAAGCCCCCAGAACCGGACGAUCCGAUGUGCUGCUGUGAGUGUGACGUUGACCCGUGCGGAUGCUGCUGUGACAGUGAGGAUCUGGAUGAAGCCUGCAACAGAUGUCUAAAGGCCAAGCUCCAAAACACACCACCUGUGCUGGAUCGCCUGAGGCUGCCCCUGCUGUCAGAUGACCGACAAGUUGAGAUCUCCAUGGUUCCUGCUCUGAUGCUGCUGCCUGUCCUUCUGCACGUGGCAGCCUUGCAUUUCUUGCUGGGCAUCAUCAUCCUGACCGCCAUGCCCGGCCUGGUGCUGUGGUACUAUUACGCAACGCACAAGAAGAAGAGGCGCACCCUGUUCUUCCUCACCCUGGCACUCUACUCCCUGGCGUACAUGUACUACCUCUUCCUCACGGAAAUAGUACCACGUGGGGAUGUGAGUCACUUGCAGCUGGGAACUGUGACCCUGGGGGUGGUUCUCACCCUGGUCUCCCUUAUCCAUACCAAGAGAGGGCCUGGAUUGGUGAAGCCUUCAUUCGAUGAUGCCGACAGUCUGAACACCACUCACGGCCAAGAGCUCAAUAGAGGCUCUGACCCCCACGUCAAUGGAGCCGGCCAGUGUGAGGUGUCUGACACCAGUGUUGGAGCUGUGAGGCUGCCGGCUGAGGCUGUCCCGGGGAAGAGAGGGAGAUGUCCGGUGUGCAAAGUGACUCGCCCCCCGAGGGCGGGACAUUGUCGCAUCUGUGGUGCCUGUGUUCUCCGCCUGGACCAUCACUGUGUCUGGAUAAACAGCUGUGUAGGCCAGGCCAACCAUCGGAGUUUCCUGAUGACCCUCCUGGUCUUCCUACUAACCUGUCUAUAUGGGAUCGGUCUGGUGCUCCGUAGCGUGUGUCCACGCCAGUACCUUCUCACUGCCCUGCUCUACUGCCCAGGUGUCUACAAUCACUACAGCUCUGCCCUUUGCUUCACCUGUGCCUGGUACAGCAGCAUCGUCACUGGAGGACUGCUACACCUACUCGUGCUGCAGCUGGUAAACGUCAGCUACAACGUGACGGAGCGGGAGGCACAGCUUGCUUUGAGGAACAGAACAAGCCAAAGCCGCCUGUGUGGCCUGGUGGUGGACACGGGUGUUUACUCACGCGGCUUCUUGCGUAACUGGACAGAGUUCCUGACCAUGGGAGAGCCUGCAAUACUCCCGUCCAAACACACAAAUCUGGUUUAGCCAUGAUUCGACCACUACCUUCAGCAGAAAACCCUCUCUGGACAGUUGUACUGAAAAUGUGGAUUGAGACUAUGUACAUCAUCUUAUAUAUAAAAAUAUGAUGGGGGACUAUUUGUCCCUAAAGAGAAACCUUUAGAAAAUCAUCCUCAGGUAUCAUAGUCUAGUUCUUCCUGAUUGGCUAGUCUACUCUAAAUUCCAAACAUGUGCAUGCUUCAAACAGACAACCAUGGUCCCCGUACCGAAGAAACCUUCCAUCACCUGUCUGAAUGACUACCGCCCCGCAGCACCGACCAAAUUAGUCAAAUCCCACAUGCAAUGGGGGAAAUCACUUCCCCAACUUGCAAGGCACCUACCACACACAGUUCCUCAGGAACGCACAGAGAAACACAAAGGACUACAGCCACUCAGGCACUGCUGCUGUGUGGCAAACGGUACAAGAGCAUCUGUUCACAGACUUCCAGACUCACUGGCAGUGUCUUUCAGGCUUCUCAACUCAUUUCAGUUGACCAUUAUUCACCUCAAUGUUAGCUAUGGUCACUUUAACUUACUGUACAAACGCAAUCACUUUACGUCUAUAAUGCUUAUCAUGCUCCUUACAUAUGUAAAGUGUACCAAUUUAUUUAUGACAAGCAAAUUCAAAAAGUGUAGCAAGAUGUGUACUGUAGAUGUUGAUAUACGUAAGCCUACAUUUUUUCCCCAAAAACUCCCAAAUUUACUUUCAGUCCACAGAGCAAAUGUAUAGCUGCACGUGUGCAUUACUUGACUUCCGAAAGCAGGCUGUUUCUGCACAUGAUGCCAACAGCCAGAUUAUCAAAUAUUUGUGAGACUUAAAGAAGUACUGUGUAUAUUUACAAUUAAAUUACUAACUAUAGAAACUGAAUAUAAGUUCCAUCCAUCCACUGGAAUCUCUUCUUGAACUCUUUAGUAUGUAAAACUCUUCUUAAUGAUGUAUUAUUUAAAUAAACCAAGACACAAUGUAUUUGAUACCUUUACUCUAAAGACGUCACAGAAAAAAAUGGUAGCUAUCAAGAAGCUCUAUGAUGAGCACAAUUUAAUGGAGAAUGGGAUCUGUAAAGACAAAGGCGUGUAACUUUCAAGUACACUGAAAAAAACAUCUGAAUAAAAAAGUGAUUACAAUU